AUGACAUUCUCGUACGGGAUUGACCACCUGGAGCCGGCCUUUGACGACCGCGACAUCCCCUACAUCAGCUGGGGUCUGCGCUUCGACGAAGCCUGCGCGUACCACAUCGCCAACACGGUCAAAGCCAGCAGGGUGUACAUCAUCGCGUCCAACUCGCUGUCGAAGAACACCAAUGCGCUGAAACGGCUGCAGACCGCGCUGGGCGAGGAGCAAGUGGUGGGCGUCCGGGUCGGAAUGACGCCACACACGCACUGGAACGAAGUGCUCGAGAUCGCGCGGGAUGCUGCCCCCAAGCGCCCGGACUGCAUCGUCACCUUGGGGGCAGGAUCGCUCACAGAUGCGGCCAAGGUGAUCGCGUGGAUGCUCGCCAAUGACAUCACCAGUGCCGAGGGGAUGGAGAAGUUGUUGUCCGAGGGCAGGAAGACGUUCAAGGACCCCGUGAUCCGCCACAUCGCCAUCCCCACGAGUCUGUCGGGCGGCGAGUACCAGUCGAUCGCGGGCGUGACGCGGGACGACGGCAGCCAGCAGAAAUGCCUCUUCGAGCCGCCCACCCGGAACCCCAGCAUCGUCGUGCUCGACCCGGAGCUGACCACGACCACCCCGGAGCGCAUCUGGCUGAGCACGGGCGUCAGGGCCGUCGACCACUGCGUCGAGACGCUGUGCAGCCUCCUGUCGAACGAGAAAGGCGACGCCGAGGCCGAAAAGGGACUGCUGAGGCUGGUUCCGGCCUUGAUCCGCACGCACAAGGAUCCCCGCGAUCUGGAUGCCAGGUUUGAGACGAUGCGGGGCGUCAUCCAGGCCAUGAGCGCCGUGGGCAGCGGCGUGCCUCUGGGAGCGAGCCACGCCAUUGGCCAUCAACUGGGGCCCUUGGGUGUCGGUCACGGCGAGACCAGCUGUAUCAUGUUGCCGGCCGUGUGCAAGUGGAACGAGAAGGUCGGGGCCAACGUCGAGAGACAGGCUUAUUGCAAACAGGUCUUGCUCCGCUCGCCUGUUGUAAAGGAGUUGUUGGAGGCCAAGUAUCCGCAGAGUCUCGAGAAGGCCGACCUGGGGGAUAUUUUGGACGUGGUCUUCCGCGAGAUCGGCAUGCCGCGGACGUUGAAGGAGGUGGGUGUGGGCAGGGACAAGCUGGAUGGGUUGGCGAAGAACAGUCUCAAGGACCAUUGGAUCCAGACGAAUGCGAAGCCUAUAACGGAGAAGGAACAGGUCAUGGAGAUAUUGGAGAUGGUUGUCGAAUAA